AUCUCCCUGCCUGCUCCAUACUGCGAAGAGCAGCUCAUCCAUACUAAAAGUCGGUGACCGUAAACGGCAAUCUUGAAAUUUGGAUCAUCGAAGCAUUCAGAACCCCGUGGUGUCCAAAAGGCUCGCAGUGAGCCGGGCUUUGCACAUCCAUAAACCCCGGUCAGCCGGGUGCAUUGUCAAGUGACUUAACACACAGACAGACAGACAUUUAAGUGACCCAGCUUGGCUGGCUAAUUGAUGCAUACACAACCUCUCUAGUAUGUCACAAGGUUGAUUUUAUUUUGCUCGGGGUAACUCUCUCCCGAUGGUUACAUUUCUGAUGGAAUGGUCUUAAUCUUUUGCCUGCUGUCUUGUAUUUUGCAUUGUGCAAAAAAAAAAAAAAGUUUUCGAUGGUGGCUGAAACCGGAAAAAAAAACAAAAAAUAAAAUUUCUCCCAGUUUCCAAGGAUUAAUUAAAAGCGAUCUCUUUAAACCCUGCUUGUUGCUAAGCUGAAUGGGAAUAUACAAGCUGCUUUUUGCAGACAGCCAGUCCUCAAGGGGUGUCACCAGUGAGCGCACAGGCUGAAACAGGAAGUCUUUCUUCUCUCUACAGCUGAGUGGUGCCUCCUGUGUUCUUCAUUCUGUGGGUUAGCGAUGGCCAGACUCAGAGAGGCAGACCGAGCUCAGCAGCAGCAGCAACAACAGCAGCAGCAGCAGCAGCUUCAGCUCCAGCAACAGCAGCAGCAGCAACAGCAGCCGCCCCCCAGCCACCAGCUCAAGCCCAUGAACGGAGCUGAUCUCCAACACGGCCAGAUGAAGGACCACGACGCCAUUAAGCUGUUCAUCGGGCAGAUCCCUCGGAACCUGGAGGAGAAUGAUCUGAAGCCCCUCUUUGAGGAAUUCGGGAAGAUAUACGAGUUAACUGUUCUGAAGGACCGAUUCACAGGCAUGCACAAAGGCUGUGCCUUCCUUACCUACUGUGCAAGAGAAUCAGCUAUCAAGGCACAGAAUGCAUUACAUGAGCAGAAGACACUGCCUGGGAUGAAUCGACCCAUUCAGGUGAAGCCUGCGGACAGCGAGAGUCGUGGAGAAGACAGAAAAUUAUUUGUGGGCAUGUUAAAUAAGCAGCAAACAGAGGACGAUGUGUACAGACUCUUUGAAUCUUUCGGCGUUAUAGAGGAAUGCACAGUUCUACGAGGACCGGAUGGGAACAGCAAAGGUUGCGCAUUUGUGAAGUUCUCCACACACACUGAAGCCCAGGCAGCCAUUAACGCACUACACGGCAGUCAAACAAUGGCGGGCGCGUCCUCCAGCCUCGUGGUGAAGUUUGCCGACACAGACAAAGAACGCACACUGCGCCGCAUGCAGCACAUGGUGGGCCAGUUCGGAAUGUUCAACCCUAUACCCCUGCACUUCAACAACACCUACAGCUCCUACGCACACGCGUCUCCUUCGCUCCAUGGACAACAGUCCCAGCUUCUCCAGCCUAAGCUUGAAGUUAACAUCCCUCACCCCGGAACCAUUCUUGUAGGUUCACAGCCUUCCUCAAGUGAUGACUACAAUUGGACAUUCCCUGCGUUUUAUCCACUGAUGCAGCAACAAGCAGCGAUCAUGGCAGCCACCACACACACCGGGUACCUAAACCCCACCGCUGCCUUCCCCACGGCACAGAUGCACCACAUGGCAGCCAUCAACCUGAACGGGCUGGCAGCAGCGCCCCUCACGCCCACAUCAGGGUUGUCCUCUCCUCCGGGAAUCGCAGCUCCCACCGUUCCCAGCAUUGUGUCUCCGAUCGGGGUGAACGGCUACACCGGGCUCUCUGCCCAGCAUAACGGGCACCCUGCCGUCGAGGCUGUCUACACCAAUGGAAUUCACCCAUACCCAGCUCAAAGUCCUUCUGCAGCUGACGCCUUGCAGCAGGCUUUCACAGGGGUCCAGCAGUACACAGCCAUGUACCCAACAGCGAUCGCCCAGAUCAGUCAAGCAUUUCCUCAGCCACCGCCUGUCGUAACACAACAAAGAGAAGGACCGGAAGGCUGCAACCUUUUCAUUUACCACCUCCCGCAGGAGUUUGGAGACAGUGAGCUCAUGCAGAUGUUUCUGCCGUUCGGGUCCGUCAUCUCGUCGAAGGUUUUCAUGGACCGUGCCACUAAUCAGAGCAAAUGCUUUGGUUUUGUGAGUUUUGAUAACCCCACGAGUGCCCAGGCUGCUAUCCAGGCCAUGAAUGGUUUCCAGAUUGGCAUGAAGAGGUUAAAAGUCCAACUAAAGAGACCAAAGGAUACCAGUCGCCCAUACUGACCGGCUGUGAUUCAGGGCAUGAAUUUCUGAUUUUCUAGGGCAGAGACGGAGAGGAAUAAGAGCAAGUACCUCUUGAGACGGCUGUUUCUGAGAUACCGAGGGCGGAGAGGGAGAGAUAAUGGGGACGCAAACUUCGAGGAAACAUUUUAAGGAACCCUGAAAAUGUGAAAAUUCAUCGCAGCUACUCUAGAAGGCUCAAUCGAUCUUACAAAUAGCAACAACACACACAUGGUGAAGAUGUGAUGUAAUUCGACGUAGGGAAGGGCAGCUGUCUUAAAGGUUGCAGGGGAAGCUGCUAUGGCGCAGUAGUUGUGUCAUCAAGCACCCAGCCAGGUCUCCUAGGCGACGGUUGCCAUGGCUGCGGGUUCUUGUGGUUGUGUGUGUGCGUGUGUGUGUGUGCGUGUGUGUGUGUGUGCGCGCGUGUGUGAGCGCGCGAGUGCAUGAGCAGUGUGAGUAUAAGUGUGUGCGUGCGACCCGUGUGAAUCCACGUGAUUGAAACGGUACCGUGGAACGUAAUGAGACUUUAGCUCUUAGAUAUUCAGGGACCAAAUGGACCAAACAGAUUUUUUUUUUAAUUUAUUAUCGGGGGCCUGUAUAUGUGAUAUACAAAUUCAGCUUUCCUUAUCUUAUCUUGAGAGUUGAAACCUGGGGGGGGGGGGGGGGGGGGGGGGGA